AUGGGUUUUGGUGCCACAACACAAGCAUGGAAUGUCCACACAGACUUCCAACUCGAAAAUCAUCAUAUAGCUGGUAUCUUCUUGGGCAAUGAUGUCGCAGGGUUAGCUGGUCAAGCUGCCAAUAUAGCAGUGUCACUUGACUUGUUUGAAGAUGACGUCUUGGUUACUGUGCGGACAUAUUGUGGACUCAACGGUACUGAAUACUUCGCUUACUGGAAGCAUAUAUUGGAACACCCAGAAUCAGAAACCAAACCUUACAAUGACGCCAUAACCUACUCCACAGUGUUCGGCAGGCCAACUCCUAUCCAAGCCAGGCAAAUUGUUCCGGAAGAGGUGCAGCAGCCGCUUCAACCAAAACUAGUCAACGGAAAACGCAAUAAGAUAUCAGGAGUCGAUGUCUGGAUAUGGAGGAUCAACUAUGGAGAUGGCCCUCCCAAAAUCGGGGGACUCAAGGUCUAUUUCGAGAAUGGAGAUACGUAUGAAUUGGGAAAAUGGUCUGCCGAGAAACAUUACGUCGAAUUCAAAGGUGCUUUCUGUACAAGAUUGAGUGUCUGGGGUAAUGGAGCUUUGGAUUACUUGGAGUUUGCACUUUCUGACGGUCGAGUUGUGGGAUAUGGCACCAAAAAUGACGCUAGGGGUGUCCACACAGACUUUCAACUGGAAAAUCAUCACAUCGCUGGUAUAUACGUGGGCGACGAUACAGCAGGGCUAGGUGGUCAAGCUGCCAAUAUAUCAGUGUCGUAUCAAUUGACACCGAAGGAAUGAUUAAUAGCCAGUCUUCAAGUAGGCCCACUUACUGAUGAUGUUAAUGGCAUUCAAAACUGAGCUUAUGUAAUAAUAAAUGAUUCAUAAAAUGUA